AUGAUUUUGCUGAGCUGUUUCCUGCACCUGCGGCCCCGCCGGGGCUGUGGCGCCCUGGCCGGGCUGGGCCGGGGGCUGGGCCCCUCAGCCGGGUCCCGCCGGGCCCUGCGGGUGCUGGUGGACAUGGACGGCGUGCUGGCCGACUUCGAGGGAGGCUUCCUGAAGAAAUUCAGGGCCAGGUACCCCGACAAGCCCUACAUUGCCCUGGAGGACCGGAGGGGCUUCUGGGUGUCGGAGCAGUACGGGCGCCUGGGACCCGAGCUGAGCGAGAAAGCCAUCAGCAUCUGGGAAUCCAAGAACUUCUUCAUCGAGCUGGACCCUCUCCCUGGGGCUGUGGAAGCUGUGAAGCAAAUGGCAAAUUUGGCAGACACUGAUGUGUUCAUCUGCACCAGCCCAAUCAAGAAGUACCGGUACUGCCCUUAUGAGAAGUAUGCCUGGGUGGAGAAGCACUUUGGCCCUGAAUUUCUUGAGCAGAUUGUUUUGACACGAGAUAAGACGGUGGUUUCUGCUGAUCUGCUUAUAGACGACAGACCUGAUAUAACAGGGGCAGAGCAGAACCCCAGCUGGGAGCACGUGCUCUUCACUGCCUGCCACAACAAGCACCUGCAGCUGAAGCCCCCCAGCCGCCGGCUGCACUCCUGGGCUGAUGACUGGAAGGCCAUUCUGGACAGCAAACGCCUCCCACCCGGCCAGGCCACCUAAACACCAGCCCCCAGGGCCACCUGGGGCUGCAGCCAUCUGCCUGUGUCCUUGUGGAGUCCUGCUGGAGGCCACAGCCACAGGACAGACAGACAGACGCUGUCCCUGCUGCACAGAGGAAGAGGAGGGUGAGCUGAAGCACCACAGUCAUCUGGACUUGAAAAACAGACCCCAGCCCAGGAUUGUGCCCGUGGACCUGGGGGGCAUUGCCCUCUGGCUCCUGGGGUCUCUGUGCUGCAUCUGCACCCCACAGGGCCAUCCUGGACAAGGUCACCCUCAGGGUGUCACUGCCCUUACUUGGGCACUGCAUGGCACAGAGCAGCUCUGCAUCCUCCCCUCCACAGCGUGGGCAGGGAUCGUGUGUGUGAUUUGUUUAGUCCUUGCCAGGUUUCAUCCCAAGGGGCUGCCUCAGGACAUCCCUGCCCCUGGCAGUGCCUGGGUCUGGGCAGAGGGGUGGCUGCAAGGGCAGGGAGAGCAGGCAGGGGCUGCCCAGGCUCCCUGCACUGGGAAUUGUCACAGCACAUCCCUGGAUGCUGUCUGCAGUUCUCACAUACUGCAAGGGAAGAUGCAGGGGGGAUGUUGCUGUUAAAGGCUGGGUGCAGGUUUCAGCCAGGGUAGAGUUAAUUUUCUUCACAGAAAAUAGAGCCCCAUAUGAGCUGCUGUGAAAAGAAUUAACUCUACCCUGGCUAAAAGCAGCAUGGGAGCCCAUGAGAGGUGCCCAGGGUGGUUUGUUCUGCAGCUCCACCAUGAUCCCAGCUCUGUCUGGGGACAGAGGAUGCUGCCAGCCCCACUCCCCUGGCUCUGGGCCCCUGCAGAGAGGUGUUCAGUGCCUGGCUGGUGCAAAGGGGUCACAGCUGGACCAGCCCCCUCUGCCAGGGGACAGUGCAGGGGCUGCUGAGCUCUGGGAGCAGCCAGCCCUGCUGGGAAGCUGCAGUUGGCCCUGAAAAAGAGAGGGUUUAGACCAAGGGGCAGCUCCAAGAGGGAUGGUUUUGGCAUAGCUGUGCCCACAGCCUCUUCCUCCCUUGUUUGUCUCAUUUUUGCUUCUCUGAGCCUGCAGCAGUCCAGCCUUGAACUUCAGUGACCUGUCUGGCAGGAGAAAGCUGCUGCUGCUGCUGCUGCUGGCCCCAGAGAGACAUCCCAGCUGCUGGGAGAGCCUGGCAUCCCCUCCUGCCCGUGGCACUGCCACAGGGCAGCCACAGCCUGCCUGUCCCCAGUGGGAGCUGCUGCUGGGCCCCCCCAGGCAGAGCCCCAGGGAUGAGCUGGGGGUGUCACUGCUGACACCACAGAGGCCAUUGGUCCCCUCUGCUGCGUGUCCCCACGUUGUCCAGGACCCCAGUGCCCUCCUGGCCCAAGGACUUGCUGGCUGCAGCAGUGAAAUUCCCCCCAUGGACACUGAACCCCCAGGCAGAGGUGGUGGCCAGGGCUUGGCUGGGAUUUGCCACCCUGCACCCCGUGCUCACACCUUUGCUUUGCCUCUCUGCUCUCCUGUGGACCCCAAUCAACGAAAGGACAUGAACUCGAAGCUACAUAACCAACAAAUCAUGUAAUUCAGCAGUGGCAGCCAGGCCCCUCCUGUGCCAGGAGCUGGAGGGGUUCUGGAGUUGGUGCUUUGGAACCUGUGCCUUCCCUGGGUUCUGCAGGGCCAGGGAUGGGGCCUCUGUUGACUUGGGGCUUGCCCUGUUACAAAGUCAGCAUGGUUGGCCCAGGGCAGUAGGACUUACAUACCACAAGCAUCUUUUUAUCUUUUCUUUUCUUUUUUUUUUUUUCAUUUUUCUUUCCUGUUUAAACCACUGUGUGCUUCUCUGGGCGGUGGGUUUGGUUUGGAGGGGUCUAUUUAGGAUGUGCAGCCCCCUGGCCAAGAGCUGGCUGAGGGUUUGCAGGCUGGGAACUGGGACAGUGUGGGAGCACCAUGGGCAGCUGCUGCAGCUGCUGGACAUCAGGAACCCCCUGGCUCCACCAGCCCUCCACCAGCUGUUGGCCCCUCUCUGCAGCCAGGGUGACCUCAUGGGGUCCAAGCUGGUUUUUUCUGAUGGUACCAUGUAAAUAUGAGCUGCCCAAGCCCCUCAGAGCCUUCUCCCUGCUUAUUGAGCCAAAAUGAGCUGGCACAUCUCUCCAGCAGCUGCCCAAACCUCUCACCUUCCCCCGAGGCUGGGGCAGACCCGAGGGCUGUGGCUCUCUGGGGCCAGCAGGACAUUUCCCCGUGGUGAGAUGUGAUGCCAGAGAUAAAUACACCACACCAAAUAUACUUGAAAGCAGGGCUGGAGUUCCUCAUGCCUGAGGCUCCGGCUCCAUGCACAGAGAUCCUGAGCUGGUGGCUGCUCUGUUUGCUCCCACACUCGGGACCUGGAGGUGACUCCAUCACUGAUGGAUCGGCCCAUCCGUCCUUCAAGCCUGUCUGUGUCCAGCUGAGAGACACAGAGCUUUUGGUUUUGAAUGUACAUCUGUAAACCCGAGGGAAAUGAGGAGCACUGCAAUAAACACUGGGUUGUUUGGCAUCCA